AUGAUACCUGGUAAAUGCUGCGCUACGUGCGCUCAUCACUACAUUGACCCCAUAAACCCUAGAGCUCCUAGGGCGGCGAUGGCGGCAGUGGCGGGGCUCUACCGCCGCGUUCUUCCUCUUCCGGGCAUCGAUUUCACCUGUCGCGAGGGCAAGGAAAUAUUUCGCGAGGCUCUCGAGGAUGGAACCAUGGAGGGAUUCUUCAAGCUGAUCGCGCAUUUCCAGACGCAGGCUGAGCCGGCAUUUUGUGGCCUUGCCUCUUUGUCCAUGGUGCUCAACUCGCUGUCCAUCGAUCCAGGAAGAAAAUGGAAAGGACCGUGGAGAUGGUUUGAUGAAUCGAUGCUGGAUUGCUGCGAGCCGCUGGAGAAAGUGAAGACUGAUGGAAUCUCUUUUGCCAAAGUUACGUGCUUGGGUGAGUGUUCCGGUGCAAGAGUGGAAGCAGUUCGAGCCAGCGAGAGCUCGCUGGAAGAUUUCCGCAGCGUUGUGAAGAAAUGUUGCUCGUCGGAGGACGAGCACUUGAUUGCAUCAUACAACCGGCAGCCUUUGAAGCAGACUGGCACUGGACAUUUCUCACCGAUCGGUGGCUACCACGAGCGAAGAGACAUGGCUUUGAUUCUGGACGUGGCAAGAUUCAAAUAUCCUCCACACUGGGUGCCAUUGAACGUGCUGUGGGACGCUGUAAACACCGUGGACGUAUCAACUGGAAAAUCGAGAGGGUUCAUGGUUGUUACAAAGCGAAGCGAACCACCUUCACUCUUGUUUACUUCGUCUUGCAAAGUCGAGAACUGGAGGGAUGUUUCUAGAUUUCUCAGCCAGGAACUCCGUGUAGUUGUGCGCAAUGCAAAGGUGACAAGUGUCGAGGAUGUCUUCUCCGCUAUUCUCGAAACCUUUCCGGGCAAGGUAACCGGGUUUGUGAAAUGGAUAGUGGAGGUGAGGAGAUCGAACGAUGAAUCUGGCAAACUGGACAACGAUGAAAUGCAGCGAUUGACUCUUAAGACAAACGUACUAAAUCAGCUACGGAGCACAGAUAUGUACAAGCGGCUGGCUGGAUGGCUCAAGUCGACCCCGUCGUGCCCGUGCGCACUGUCUGAAAAGAGUCUCACAGACGAAGUUGGCGAGGCAUCGUGCCAAGGAAAGAGCCUGCUGUGUGGCGGACUGCAUAAAUCCAAGAGCUGUGCGAGCUGCGUGAGCUGCAAGAGAAUGACAAGGACCACCGACGGCCAGGGUGCUGGCGUUCUUAUCGGCGAUGGCGGGGUCAAGGAUGGCAACGUGCAAGUGAUAGUCCCAACUGGUUCGUGCGAAUUACACCCGACGCCCGUCGAUGUUGUGACUGUACUCCUGCUCGCGCAGCCCAGCGAGACGUGGUCAGAGAUCCCCAAUUCGGAAGUGAGAUUGGAGUUUGUCAACUUGGGUGCAACAGACAAGCUUCCAGAUUUGCUUCAACUGGAGGUUGUACACCUGCAGAGGCAGCUGCGAGUGCUCAACUGUAGCGACGAAUGAACUGGGGAAAAGAAAACGAGAAAGAACUCCAAGCGAGAAACCAUGAAACUCUUAUGAACUUUGAACUUUCCUCCCUGCAGUGCCUACAGUGAGCUCCUUCCUUGCUGUGUUAACAAAACUGGAACUACGAACUAUCUGCCAGACCUCUUUAAAGAAGUUUUAAAGUACGAGCU